GCCAAAUGCAUUUGUUGUACAUAGUAAUCGCUUUAUAAAAUUUUGUUAAAUAAAAGUUUAAAUGAAGCAUAUUGUAUAAACGCCGGUCCAUUGUUUCAUGUUCAUUUGCGUGUUAAGUUUAAAUUACGGGAAAACCAAUAGAAAUACUCUUUAAAUUAUUCCAUAACUUUUUAUUUUGGAGAAUCAUCUAAUCAAUUUUAACAACAAAAUAUCCUCAAAAACGAAAAAAUUUAAACUUGUUCCAAUGUCGCAACAACGAUUUCCGUCAUUAUAUUUUCAAAUAACGGCUUUGCUAAUAUUAUUUGUGAUAUUGCUUUUACUGCCAUUUGAAAGUGCAUCAUACGGAUUAAAAAAACCUAAUCAAGAACCUAAACCAAAAAAAACAUUUCCAUUUCACAAAGUUACUUACGUUCCGAUUAAAGAGGAUGAUGACGUUGACGAAGAUAUUAAAGAGUUUUUUGAAAAAGUACACUAUGCCGACGUGAAAACAUCUCACUCUCAGCUUCAAAUUGAUAAUGACGAAGAAGACGAAGAUUUUGAAGAAGACAAAAGGCGAUUAUCAUUUGGUCUAUUUGGUUGGUUUUUCGGUAGUAAGAAAAAUGAGUCUGAUGAAUUAGAGAUCACACGUGCUAAUAAUGACGAUGAGGAACUCAAUUAUGAGAAAAGCGAAAACGAAGACAAUAAAGUUUUAAACAAAAAUAAUGAGAAAACUGGUAUUAUAACUUGGUUAGAAUAUUUAAUGAAGACUAAUGAGCCUAGUAAAUCGCAAUCCGAUAAUUCAAAAGACAUAAUAUCAGAAUAUUUUAAUCGUUGGCCAUUCAACGUGAUUUUUCCGAUAGGCCAAUCACAAAAAUUAGUUGUUCCCCGAAAUGGAGGUAAAUGGGUUUCAAGCCAAGGUAUCAGCGAUGAAGAGUUCGAGAUUUUAUUAGAAGCUCUCCCAAGUUUUAUUAUUAAUCCAAAUUUCAUAGACGAUAUUGAUUGUAAACAACAAAUUCAAAUUUUUCAAAGACAGCUACGUGGUCAUAAAAUGUGGCCAUUGCAAAUGAUAGAUGCGUCUGGAAAAAUUUCUUCUGGAAUAUUACGUGGUAAUGUUAAUCAAUUUGGCGAUUUUGAUUUGUGUACAAACAUCAAAACAUCGGUAAAAAUAACCAACGAAGUUUCAGUACGCAUAAAAGGAAAAUAUUGUCUUGCGCAUAUUGAAAUUGAGCCAACUAGUGCUGAUUUGAAACUAGCAGUUCACCUAUUACAGGGGCGAGGUUUAUGGAACAGUCAUUUAAGCGACCCUAUACACUUUGCACCUAGAUAUUCAAUUGUCAAUUGGGGUAUAUGUAUUCCACAUGCAUGCCAAGCGCAAGUAGUACAGAAUAUGAUUGAUAGAAGUCUCCAACCUUACAAUCGUACUGGUAUUUAUUUUCAUGUUGAAGUUAGUGAAAAUGAUUGCUACAUUCGUAAUAGCACAAACUUUGGAACUUUACUAAAACAUUAUAAAAACAUUGAUUUUACUUUCGGAUAUUUUUUGAUAUUUAUAUUCGCUGCGAUAGCAUCGGUUUUGAUAGAAAACCGAUGCAUCUUUAAAAACCUUUUUAAAAUGAUUCAAAGUAACUUCAAACCUAAAUGGUUACAAAUGCUAGUAGAAUUUAAAAAAUUUGUUGAGAUUGUAAAGAAAAGUCACAGAGAAGCUCAAGCUGAAAUUGAAAUGCAAAUGAAUAACAGUAAAAUGCAAACAAGAGAUGAUGUUAAUGCUACUGAGGUUGUUGGAGUUUUAAAAGAAGAAUACGAAAAGCCAGAAAAAAAAAAUGAAACCGAAAAGGAAGAAGAAAUUCAAGUUGAGAAUGUAUCAGAAAAUUUGGAAAUUGAGGAAGAAAAUUUUGGAAGUGAAACAAAUUUUGCGAAUGAUCCUGUUGAAAGAACUAAAUCUAUCUUCAAUGAUGCCAUUCUUUCUUUCGCACCAAAACGGUCUAUUGAAGCACUUUUGAGUACUGAAGGGCAAGAUACAAUUUUUCCAAUAAUUAAUGUAAUAAAAAUAUUUUCUACUUUUAUGUUAUACAUUUGUUUUAAGUAUUUGAUGCUAGGACAUUUACCAGUAUUAAAUCGUGACAAACUAAUCAUGUCUUUUGAUACGCCUUUAAGUAUUUUUUAUAGAUCUCCUAUAUUAUAUUUUGAUAUAUUACUUAUGAUAAGUGGUUUUAUUAAAGCAUACCAUAUGUGCACAGAAAUGGAGGAAAAACUUCAUAUACAUGCGCUGAAGAGAUUGAUGCUAAAUAUUUUAAGGUUUCUACCAUCUCUUUAUGCAAUUUUACUUUUCCAAACCUGGAUAUUGCCACAUCUCGAAUCUGGACCACUUUGGAAUAAUAUUAUACGAAUUCAAAGUCAAUUAUGCGAAAAAAACUUAUGGCGAAAUAUAUUCGGUGUUCAAAAUGCUAUUGACUUUGAAGAAACUUGUUCACCAAUGACUAUACAAACAUCUGUGGAGAUGCAGCUCUACUUGCUCGCGCCGCUAAUAGUUUGGUUCUUUUACUGCAAUUCUGAAGUUGGGUUUUUCUUAUUUGGAGGAAUUAAUAUGAUAUCUGUUGCAUUACGAUAUUCUCGGACCUAUAGGGAUCAUUUAUCACCAAUCAUAUUUCACGGAAUGCACAUUAGCAAAUUUUACCGGACUGCAAAUUUGUUAUUUUCCUCACCUCUUUCAAGAGCUACACCUUUUUUGAUUGGAAUUGGAGCUGCUAUACUUCACAAAAGAUUAAAGAAAACGUUUGAAGAUUUAUCACAAAUUGGAUUGAUAUGCGGAUGGUUUACAGCAAUUGCUUCACUUAUUUACUGUUAUUGGUAUCCAUAUUCAGCGAUUCGUUUAGAUUAUAUUUAUAACUCAACCGACGCAGCUUCGUACGCUUCAUGGUCUCCUUUAGUAUUGGGAUUAAUCAUGACUUGGAUAAUAUAUAUAAUUUCAUGCUAUACAUGUAAUGAAAGUAGAAUUCACCGUUAUAAAAUUUUAAAGUCAAAGCCUAUUUUGAUUUUAAGUAGAAUCAUCUAUCCUACGCAAUUAAUUAUGUAUGUUACGGUAUUAUAUUUUACAGCCCAACAAAAGGAACCACGUCCAUAUUCUGCCACCGAUCUUAUUAGUUUUUCUGAGAUUGGUAUAAUCAUUUUAUAUGCUAUCGUAGUUGCGAUUUUCGUUGACAUACCAAUGCAAAAAGUUUCCAAACUAUUAGUCAAUGAAAUAUUCCCCGAUAAAUCGCCAUACCCUUCUAGUAACAAAGAAACAAAGGCAAAUGAAACUGAGAUAAACAUUCAAGUAAAACAAAAAUUGGUUAAUGAUGAAUCUAGUAAUAAUGAACACGAAAGUGAAAGUGUUGAAACUGAACUAAAUGAUAAGCAAAAGCGAGAACAAAUUAACGAAGAGUCCAAUUACAAUGAGUACGAAGUAAAAACUGCUGGAAUGGAAUUGAACAAUCAACAAAAGGAUGAAAGAAUUCAUGAAAGGUCUAAUUAUCAUGUUGAGUUAGAAGCUGAAGGUGACUCUUUCACAGAAAAAGAAACGCAAAAUUUAACCCAAAGAGAGAUUCAAGACUCAAAUUCUGAUAUUGCAAAAGAUAACACUUCAAAUGAAAAUUAUGCUGAAAAAAGUGAAUAUGAGGAAGAUGAUCCUAAUAUAAACGAGGAAGCCGAAUAACUUUCAAUUAGUGCAUAAUUAAUAAGAAAAUAAUUUAAGGAUUGUAAUUUGACUUCAAAAAAUAAUCUUGUAACAAAAUAUUGCAUGAUAUGUAAUCUCAAAAGACAAAACAAACAUACAUAGCUUUAGGCAUGAAAUAAUAUUUUCAAGUUUGAUUUAUUUGUUUUAAUAAUUUCAGUUGAUAAGUUUAUAAAUUACAAUAAAACAUAAAG